GGCGCGCUCGGCGCUUGCUCCCUGGCUGGCGCUCCUCAGUCGGCCGCUGCCUGCCUGUCGCCGGGCUGGGAGCGCCUGUGUGUGUGUGAGUGACGCGGCGGAGGUGUAGUUUGACGCGGUGUGUUACGUGGGGGAGAGAAUAAAACUGCGGCGAGAGCCUAGGCGCGAACGAAAGCAGUGACGGAGCAGCCUGCUAACCGGUAACUAAAUGACCAUGGAAUCUGGAGCAGAGAACCAGCAGAGUGGAGAUGCAGCCGUUACAGAGGCAGAAACCCAACAGAUGACAGUACAGGCACAACCACAGAUUGCAACGUUAGCCCAGGUAUCUAUGCCAGCAGCUCACGCAACGUCUUCUGCACCCACAGUGACCUUAGUUCAGCUGCCCAAUGGGCAGACAGUUCAAGUGCAUGGAGUAAUUCAGGCUGCUCAGCCGUCAGUUAUUCAGUCUCCACAGGUCCAGACAGUUCAGAUCUCCACUAUAGCAGAGAGUGAAGAUUCACAGGAAUCAGUAGACAGUGUCACAGACUCCCAGAAACGAAGAGAAAUUCUUUCCAGACGACCUUCCUACAGAAAAAUUUUGAAUGACUUGUCCUCAGACGCCCCAGGAGUGCCAAGGAUUGAAGAAGAGAAGUCUGAAGAGGAAACAGCAGCACCUGCCAUCGCCACUGUUACGGUGCCAACCCCCAUUUACCAAACCAGCAGUGGGCAGUACAUUGCUAUUACCCAAGGAGGAGCAAUACAGUUGUCUAAUAAUGGCACAGACGGAGUACAAGGUCUCCAGACGUUGACUAUGACUAAUGCAGCUGCAACCCAACCUGGCACCACCAUUUUACAAUAUGCACAGACCACAGACGGACAACAGAUCCUUGUACCCAGCAAUCAAGUUGUUGUACAAGCUGCCUCAGGAGACGUGCAGACCUACCAGAUUCGCACUGCCCCUACCAGCACCAUUGCCCCAGGCGUAGUCAUGGCAUCCUCUCCGGCACUUCCAACCCAGCCAGCAGAAGAGGCCGCGCGGAAGAGAGAAGUGCGUCUAAUGAAGAACAGAGAGGCAGCACGUGAAUGUCGCAGGAAGAAAAAGGAGUAUGUGAAAUGUCUAGAAAAUCGAGUGGCUGUGCUUGAAAACCAAAACAAGACACUGAUCGAGGAGUUGAAAGCACUUAAGGACCUUUACUGCCACAAAUCAGAUUAAUUUUGGAUUCCCAUUUUCACUUGUCCAGGUGGGAUAGAGACUGAUUCUGGCUAUACCCAGAAAGACAAAGUAAACUUUUUAUUUUCUAAACAUUUCUUUUUUUUCUAUGCGCGAAACUGCCUGAAGCAACUACAGAAUAUAUUUCAUCUGUGCUUUGCAUCAAACUGUGAAUGUUCAAGUACUUGCCUCCACUUCUCCCCCUUCAAGAUUAUUUUCAUCAUAAAAUCUCAGCGUGAAGAACAGGCUUCUUUCUUGUCUCCUCAUCCUCUUCAAAGAGUAACAGUGGUCACUCGGGAAGUCACUGCAAGGAGGUCCUUUUGUAGUGAUCUCAAGAAUUUAUGCUGAGCUCCUUCCAUUGCCUUAGAGACAGAACCACAACAACCUCUUGGUCCAGAGAACUGUGGGACACAUAUGUGGAGCACGCAUGGUGCAAUGAAGAAGCAAUGGUUGCCAAAUUGGUUUCACAUAUUCAUUAUGGACUACAAAAAUCCAUGGCUAAACAGCAUGCCAAAUGAAAGGCGCUUCACAGUCACGUUAUUGGUGUGGAGAUAAUAACUCUUUUGCAAACUAGCCCAGGAGGGGUUUUGAUUUGUAAUGUCUAUUAAGCCCUUCCUGGACUAGUGAAAACUUCUCCGUACCUCAGAAACAAAUGCAUUGACAUGAGCUUUACCAGUCAGGUGUUGCUUCUCGAAGCUUACGUGCGCAUGUGUGUUCAGCAUUCUGAAUGCACAAAAAGCAAACACCAGCUUCAUAGGAUAUUGGUGGGGAAGUGGUAUUUGGAUGGGAAAGACAUUCAGAAUAAUAAAGGUACAGUAGUAAUGUUUCAAAAACAUGGGUAACACAUGAAAGCAUGUGUUACAUGUACAUACUCGUAUGUAUUUAGAACAAGUAAGCAGUUGAAGUGUGGCCAACUCCACAUACAACUCCACAUACAACUCCACAUACAACUCCACAUGUCUGAGAACAGUAUAGUCUGAGUCCAAAGUCCUCUCAAGCAACGAGGAAACUCCUAUUUCCCUACCACUAUCUUAUGCAAUGGAAAUUUUCAUACUCAAUGGAAACAGCAGCCUGGUUUGCUGGAUUAUUUUUCAGACUUUGAGGUCAAACUUUGAGGAUGCUUUCCAUAUAUAAAUUUAAUUGCAGUAUGACAACUACCAGGAAAACCUCAACUAUUGAAGAGGACUUCAGACACAAAUAUUCCAACUCCUGCUUUGCAAGGGACAAUAUUAAUUAUUUGAACCUGGCCAAGCUAGCUAAAUUCUUAAUUUAUUUGGAGGAUUUUUUUUUAUGUAAAGGGGUCAGAUUUACUGAGUAAUUUAUUCCUGUUACUCAUGUGCCUCUGAUGUUUGCAAGAUCAUUUUUUUUUUGUGUGCACUGAGGAACUGUGAUCUCUCCCACAAUUGUUAAAAAGAUAGUUCAUGUUCAAAACCCAGCUCUGUAGUAAUCAUUAGGACUUCAAAAGAAUCAUGCUCAAAAGGAACCAAAAAAGAAUGUCAACAAGUUGUCAAAGAGAAUGUGUCAAAAAGAAUCAUGUGCAGCUUUUUCCUAGCCCUCUGAAGUCAGUCUCUUGAUAUGUCAACUUGGGUCAUUUGAUGGAGUAAGUUCACUUUAGGUUUCCAGUCAAACUUCUAUGCAUAGAGACAUCUGAGUAAGACUCUGGUCUGUACUAAUGCCUUGCCUACCGAAGUAUUAGCUAAUAUCUUUUUCCCAUUUGCUCUAUCUGUUUUUAAGAUAAAUCUCAAACAUGAGCUUCUAAAAGGUUAUACAAUCAGUGUGACAUUAUAAAAAAAAUAUUUGAAAGACUUUGUGCAGUUGAGUCUCAAACAGCUAAGCAGUAUUAAAAGUUCUAGUUUUCUCAUUUGAGAGGGCAUUCAAUUUCCAAGAGACUUUAAAAGAAACAGAGAUAAACUUACAGCAUUAUUGAUAAAUCUAGACUUUUCUAUAAUUUCAUUUUAGGCUUGUAUUUUGAGAACACAAGUAUCAGAAUUAUUAAAUGUUUCCAGAAGUUUUAAGGGGAUUUAUAAAUGGUCUAUUUUUAUCUGCCAUAGAGAAUUGUUUUUCAUGUUUUUAUUUAAUGGAAGAUGAAUUUAUUAGUUUAGCAAUGCAAAUUUAAAGAAGACCCUAAAUUCUCAGCAGUUACUUUUAUUAAAAGUAUCUGGUUCUUGAUGUCAGAGAAUACAAAUAUGUACAAUGGUUACUGGUUUUUCACAACUGUUGCUGAAGCAGAAAUGUUGAUAAUGCAGGAGUCAUUCUCGUAAAAUAUUAAAUUCAUGAUGGCCUAAGUUACAGAGUUACAUGGAAUGAUUCCUCAAGCUUGGAGAAACAUAGAAAAGCUGUACAUGCUUACGUUAAGGCUGUUUCUUUUGUAGAACCAUCAGCUUGUGAAAAAUUGAGGUUUUGGAGAGAACCUGAAUGAGGCUAGCGGUGAUCCAAGAACUGUUUUAGUGGGUAAUGAGCAGUGUCUGCUGCUUGCUGAUAGUCACCAGUACAAAGCCUGGGAGCUGAAUGGACCAGCUAGCCUAAACCGGUUCCCAGACUGGCUACUUCUAAUACAGGGUUUGUGCAAAUUUUUGUGGCAGUGAGAGAACUGUGAAACCAGUUUGUCUGUGCGUUGUCUGCAAGUAGUCUAGUGCUAUUAAUCUAGACCUCAUUAGCAACUAAUGUUUCACUAAGGACGUUAUUUUAAAGUACUUAGCAAUCUGCAAGAAUCUUUAUUUUUAUUUAUGCUAUACUGAGGAUUUAGGGACUUGAAUUUAUUUAAUGGAAAUUUUAAAUGACAGUAAUAAAAAAUAUCUUAGAAUGAAGCACACGGCUGGCUAGGGGUACCCAUACGUGCUUUACUAUUCAUAUUGACCCAAAAAAGGGAAAUAAUAUGACAUAGGAAUCCGUUCAUAUGUUACUUACGAAGUAGGGAGGUUGGGGUUACCAGCUUCUAAGGCCAUUUGGAAGUAGGGCGGAAAUUUUGGAGGCAGCGGGGAGGGAAGGUUAGUUUUCUAUCUCACAGUUCUGAGUUUUCAAGAACUGAUAGCCUGUUUUACCCGAAGAGAGGGUUAGAAAGGGCUAGAUCCAUGUUCAUAAUAAACAAGAAUUGAUUUGAAAUAUAAUUUUUGUAAUGUCAUUAUUUUGCAAAACAGCAGCACCAAUCAGGCAGUUAAGAUAUUGUCAGAGGUGCUCUUUUAAUUUAGAUAUUCUUGGAAAAUACGUAUGUAUAAUAUAUGUACAUAUAUAUAUAUACACACAGUAUAUAAUCUACAGCUCUGAGAGCUUUUAAGUCAGGAAUGCUGAGUAUUAUAGUAUAUGGAGGUCAGAAGAAGUUUUUACCUUUUCUCUGUGUGUCUGGGUAUGUGUGGAUGUGUGCGCGCGUGUGAAAGCUUCCCCCACCCCAGUAGUUCUGGGCCGCAUUAUUCUAGCGCUUAUUACAGAUUUGUUUUGUGCUGUUUCUCAGUUAUCCAUUUGUAGUAAUGUUAUUUCAUCCUUCAUGGUUUUUGUGAGGUUUCUUUUUGGUUUUUUAUUGAUGGAGGUUUUUGAAAUUACACAAACAGUGGGUUUCCAACAACCACCACCCCCUAGAAUCAUUCAUUUUCAUGCUUUUUCUCUUUGGCAGCUAUAUUGCAGAGGCAAAACAACUGGAAAAGUUGUUAAGGUCGUAUUUUCUAAAGGAACCACUGGUAAGACUUCAGUUCUCCUUCUGGGGUAGUGCCGAUGUAUUUUUCUUUAAGUAGUGAUUUCAGCAGAACCAGGUGGUUGCCAGCACCAUUGCUCAUCUCUGAAAGCACAAUUUUAGCCUGUCAUGCACAGCAGGACUGUACAGACACCUGUAGGUUCUGGCUAUGUCCUGCAGUUGGCAUUUGUGUUGUAUACCACUGUCUCCUCCUCUCCAGUACCUGUAUGUUGAUCAGAAAAUUGGUGAUGUGUUUGGAAUUUUUAAGAGGCUCAGAAAAAAAAAAAAACACAAACAACAAAAAUUUAAUAAGGAAAAAAAGCCCUGAUGGUUUCUAAUCUAAAUUUGUACUACAAGUUUUAAUGUGUGACGGACAGAGUGCUUUUCGUGGGUUCAAGUAAAAACAAGUCUCUCCAUCAAAGCAAGUUCAGUAUCAGUGGUUGCAAAUCUAUGACAAUUCAUAGAGGAUUUAAUUGAUUUUCUAAGACCGUGUUUCUAUUGUUAUUUUUUCCACCCUGAAGCAGGUUGGUUAGUGAUGUAACAUUUGCCAGUGAUCUAACCAAAAGGUCAUGUAUUUAUUUUUGUUACACUAUAUUCUUUGUAAAUGUUUAAUUAAAAUGUGCACUUUUUGGGAAAAAAGAAACAAACACAGAGCAAAAAAAUGUAUGAGCAAUUGGGUUUGCUUCCUGGCAAAGUUGUAAUCCUGUCGCCUGCGCACAAUGCACUCCUCUUCCCUAGAAGUUGACUCCUUCACAAAUUUAACUUACUAGCACCUGGCCUCCAGCAGGCAUUACUUCAAAAUGGCAGGAGAUCUGAACUGGCACUAUUGAAGACUGGAAAGAAUUAAGUGUGUGGUGUCUCAGAGCAGUAUAUACAGGAUGGAUGUGAAAUUAUUUUUAGAUGAGAACUAGUUCACUGAUCCCAAGUGGGAAAGGGAGGUUAAAUUGGGAGGAAAACUAAACUAUUUGUCAGACACUUUAUUCCUCUCUUCUAGAUUGGGAUUUGGCUGUAGAUUUUACAAGCUGCAUUCCAAGAAAAUAAAUCAAAGGGCUUUCCAGUUCUUUGGCACCAGGUAGUAAAGUUACAUUGACAGUGUGUCACCCUGCUUUAAAAUUUAAAAAAAAAAAAAAGCAUGACCACCUUACUUUUGCAGGAGCAAUGGUAAUUUAGCUGUAACCUGAAAUCUGUAACCGUGAGUGGGUUUUAAAAGCAUACAGUAAGUACAUUGAUGGUUCUCUGUACUGUGCCUGAGCUUUUGAAUUUGCUAGCUGCAAAAGACACCGAUUUUGCAGAAACCUGAAUGUAUCGUGAAGCUCACUUGGUCUGGACAGAGCCAGACUGAUGAAAAGAAGCAGGGUGCUUAAGUCCUGUCUACUGUGUGCUUGUGACAGGGUUCAGGUCUGUGGAUGGAUAUGGCUUAAAUCUGUACGUCUCUCUGGGGGAAAGGGAGCAGAUCCAGUUGGUAAAGAGGGUUUACAUUUCAAGUGUUUUGCCUUGGAAUGUGUUAUUUAUAAAUGUAUUUAAGCUUUGCCCCACAAAGAGACUUGCUUGAGCUAGCUGGUGCAGCACAAACUGAAGACAGUGACCUGGUUGUCUUCUGGUACUUAAGUGCAGUUUGUGACUUGCUGUCUAAGUGGUGAGUUCAGGUCUCACUUUCACCAGUGAGAGGCAGAAGUCAGCUGUCCUCAGGGGCUGUGUGUGGCCAGGGCCAGGCUGUGAUGAUCCACAGCUGGCACACUUCAUAAGCUGACUGCUCACUGUACUCACAACUUGGGAGCAGUCGGUUCACUCAGCCUCAGCUGCGUAUUUUUCUGAAGCAGGGGAUAGCUGAGUGAGAGCAAGAGGAAGGAAGGCUUUGAGCCAAUAAGUUAUCUAGAAAUGUCCACUCUUCAGAAGUAAGGUUGUUUGGGUGCUCUCCACAAGUUGUGUUUUAUCCAGGUGCCACUCCAUUUUUUGUGUGUGCUAAGACAUUUAUUUAUAUUAAAACAUUAAUUUUUUUAAGUUCUAGAAUUUUGAGGUUGUAUGAGAUUUGAAACUGAGCUGCUCACAUGGACUUUUUGGG